AUCAUUACUCCGCUUCGUAUUUGUGUUCAUUAGCAUUUAUAUUUAUUCUACGAAACAAUGGCAACAAGUGUACAAAUUAUAUCUGAAUAACAAUAAAUAUUAACGUUUGUGAGAAAUCAUGGAUAUAACACACAUUGUUAAGUCUCCUGAGGACGCAAUGUUAUGCUGUCGCGCCUGCCUGUCGACCGAUGGUAGAUUGUUCAACAUUCAUGAAUACAAACUUGCAGACGCGUUCGCUCACAUUACGGGGACUCCGGUAAUGAAUGACAGGAAGCCGCAGCACCUAUGCGCGUAUUGCGGCGCGCGGCUGCUCAAAUGCGCGUCCUUCAGAGACAUGUGUCUGGAGGCGCAGCAUUCGCUCACACUGGCUUUACUUAAGGAAAAGUUGGACACCGAAAAUUUUAGCAGAAUAAAGCCUCUCAAACUUAACCUUACAAUAACCCGCGUCGAAACCAUAGACUAUAAAGAUUCCCCACCGGAAGACAUCAAGCCUGAACCGGACAUAGACAAUAUAGAUAUAGUAGACAUCGACGGCAUCAUAGGCAAGACUGAUUUGAAAGAAGAACACGAAAAAACUAACGAUAAAAGGCCAGGUAGAAACAGAAAAAGAAAAACUGCAACAGCCAAGAAACACCAACCAAUUAAAAUUAAAAACAAUGACGAACCCGAAGUUAAUAUAUCAGAUACUAAAAUCAAAACGGAAAUUGAAAUUGAACGCAUAAAUUAUGAUGAAUAUGAUGGAGUAGAAACUAAGAAAGAGGAAAUUGAAUCCGAUGAUAACAUUGAUGAUAAUGAUGAUGUAGAUAGUGAUAAAGACUUCCUGGUCAAAACUCCAGUAAAAAGAACUGCGGUUAAAAAGAAAGUAGUAAAAAAGGAAAGUAAGAAAGGUACAAAGGAAAAAGAAGGAAGAAGGAAAAAGAAAGAGGGUAAAAGGAAGUUUAGGGAUCCAAACAAUGAUAAUAUGCCUAUAUUUGAUUUUGCUAAAUUUGAGAACGCUCAUGCUGUUAAAAUUGUGAUUUUGACGAAGGAGGAGCAAAUGGAAGAGAUAAACCUACGCAAGAAGACAAGGAAUUAUCUGGAGUCCAACUUCCGUUGCGACGACUGUGGGAGAGGGUUCGACGCUGACGCCGCGUACAGCAACCAUCUACUGCGGCAUGACCCUAGCGAAGGCCAGUAUCCGUGCGAGAUUUGCGGCAUGCGCUUCAAGCUGAAAUGUAUGUGUCAGCGUCAUCAGGACGUGCAUCGGCUCAAGUUCAUAUGCAAUGAGUGCAACUAUGUGUCUAGAGACAGAUAUCAAGCAAGAAGGCACCACGCCAUGCACACAGGCAAGACGUAUGAAUGCCAACAUUGCGGGAAGGUAUUCAAAAAAAGUUCAACGUACUUAUCACACGUACGUAUGGCGCACCCAGCGUUAAACGCCGCGUGCGAUGUGUGUGGAGAGACCUUUGUCGGCCAGCUGGGACUUAAGCUGCACAAGAGCAGAGCGCAUGCAGAGAAACCUCAACAAUUUAAAUGCCCAACCUGCUCAGCAAACUUUGUUAGUAUAGAAGCGUUGAACAGACACACGGAGUCGGCUGGCGAGCAUAUAGACAAAGACCUUCGGCCGUGCGAGCAGUGCGGGGAGAACUGUGCGAGCGAGACGGCACUACAGGAACACGUCACACAGAUGCAUCCGAAGGAGACGUAUAACUGUUCAGAGUGCGGUAUGUCGUUCCCUUCAGCGGCGGCGUGCGAGCUUCACCACAAGCGCAAGCAUUUGGGCCAGCGCUACACUGGCACUAAGAUGGACCGCGCCAUGCGCAAGCGAUACGCACAAAAGCCACAGCCGAAAGGUGUUUUCGUCUGCGAACAGUGUGGGCGAGUCGCAAAGAACGCAACGCUACUCCGGUAUCACCAGCGAAGCCAUCAGGAGGUGAAGCCGUUCGCAUGCAACAUUUGCCCGAAGAGCUUCCCCUUGAAGACCGCGCUAGAGGAGCAUAUCCGGUCUCACACGGGGGAGAAACCAUACCAGUGCCCCGAGUGCCCGCUCGCCUUCAGCCUGAAGGGGAACUUCAACCGGCAUCAUAAAACUGCUCACCAAGGUCUCCGCGCGAACGUCCCCUGCUCGAUAUGCGGCCGCGUGUUCUCAACCAAGGCUGUGCUGCGCACGCACGUCAACACCGUCCACCACGGCCAGCCGUGGCCGAAACGCGACCGCACCAAGCGGCCGAAAAGCGGCCACACGACGCCGAAUGAACUGGUGCUUAAUGUUAAACAAUAGUAGUUACAAAUGCAAUAAUGGGUGUGCCACACGGCCGUGGCCUAAACGGCAGAAAAGUGGCCAUACUACGCCGAGUGAACUAGUCCUUCAUGUUAAACAAUAGUAGCAACAUAGUGUGAGUGGCUUCAAAAUUACAACUCGGUCGUGGCCUAAAGGACCGAAAAGCGGCCACACGACUGGGCGUGGUCUAGUACUUGCUUAUUAAUAAUAGUACCAACACAGUGGCUUACGAAAGCAAGAAUACAGUGUAGAAAGGCCAGCUGUGGCUUAAACGAGAUGGACCAAACGGCCGAAAAGCGGCCACACUACGCCGAGUGAACUAACACUUGCUUAAAAAAAUCGUACCAACGCAGUGGCUUACAAAAGCAAGAAUAGGUGUAUCACAACACGGCCAGCCGUGGCCUAUACGGCCGAAAAGCGCCCAUGCUACACCGAGGGAACCCUUAGUGCUCUCAUUUUUUCUAUGACCACGGCCAAAAAUGAACUAAACGGGCCGAAAAGCGGCCACAGUGCAAUAGUACAUUGUGCAACGAGGGUUGAAGAAGAUUAAUGAAAUGGAAUAUGAAUUGAAGAUAAUUUUUUUUACAACAAUUCGAGGGUUUACUGGUGAAACCCGAUAAAUCGAGAUAAUUUGUCCUUGAAAUAACAACAUUGUGGAAAUUGCACAUCGAAUUUCAAAAAGCAGUUGGCUCAACUUAUUGGGUUUCACCAGUAAACCCUCGAUUUUCUUCAUCACACUUGACAAAAAAAAACAAUAUUUUUAAUGAAUUAAUCACAGAUAUCAUAUAUACCAUAGAUCAAGAAAAUGUAUCUACUUAGCGUGUCAAAUGAAGUAAGUAAGUAAGUGCUUUAUUUGUAAAUAUAGGUUACAGUGGUGGUCAGUUAUUAUAUAUGGUACAGUUCAAAUAGUGGUAUGGUAUGGUAUGGUAUGGUGGUGGCUCAGUAAAAUCCACUGAGUUGUCCGUCUUUAAUCGCAGCUUGCAGCUUUCGGGCGUCAAUUUUUGUAAGUUGAAGUCAACAAAGAGAUUAAAAAUGCCUCGUUACAUGAUAUUUAAUUGCAACAACAUAAAAAUUAUGAACACUCAAGGGCCUGAGACAUAUUUAAAAUCACAAAACAACUUCAGUACAAAAUCUGACACGCUCGGCUGCCAUACAAAUAGAUGAACUUGUCUUCAAUCUAAAUCUAAUUUUGUGGGAAUUAAUUCAUAACUACAGUGACAUAUAUUCGUCCGACAUAUUAUUUAGUUAUAUUUUUUUACCGACAGUAUAAGGUAGUUAUGUUUUUUUUUAUUAUAAUGAAUUUCAUUUUUUUUUCGAGUAAGUGUGAUGAAAUAUUUAUUUACGGAGAAACUAAUGGCAUUGAAAUAUUCGCUCCGCUCAGUGGAUAGUGGAGCCUUAUAAAUUAUAUUAAAUUACGUAAGUAAAUAAGUUUUAAUCAUAGAUCACAUAGAUAUUUAUAUACAUAGUAUAAUAUAGUAAUUAAAUUAUACUUAAAUCGUUCUA